UUUGUUGAUAUUGUUAAUAAUUUCCUACAGGCCCUGCAACAUUACCUAACGCACCCUGUGUCCAAAUCUAGUGUUACGGCUUUUAUUAUUUAGAUUUAUAUUGUGUUUACAUCGUCCAUAUCCUUAAAUUAAUUUGUGUUUAAUCAGAUUACCACAAACUAAUUGACACACAGCGGAGUAGUAGUGCUUGGUUUCCGUGGCUACAGGUUAAAUUAGUGAAAAUGUCAUGUGUAUUCUGCAGUUCUUGAUGGGAGUUCGGGGGUAAAAGGGAGCAUACACAAUGCUCAGACAGUGGUGGAGUUGUGGGGAGGGUCGGGAGGCCCAACAGUACAUUUUUGCUGGAGGAACCCAUAAAAUAUAAUCCAGCCGCGGACAGAACAUCUGCUUCCACUUUGUUAAAUUCUUCAUUCACAACUCACAACUUUGUUUCAACAUGUUUCUAUGACGAUUAGAAUAAUGCUUUGUUUCUUCAAAAAAAAGUCUUCAAACCUCAUGAUUUCUAUUCAUGGACGAGUUUGUUUGGCACUAUAAACAGAAUUUGUUUUAUUUUUUCACUCAUAGAAUGAAAAAUUUGAAAUUAUUAUUACAAUAUUUGCAAGUAGAAUCAGAUCAGUGUUUGUGGGAACUCCUACAGACUUUAAUCUGUGAUGUGUCCUAAUCAUUUGUAAAUGUCCAAAAUGAGCUUAUUAUAGAGUAAAUGUUAUCAGUCCAAUAAUAUUGCCUCUGAUCAGCAAUCCACUACAGUAAAACAAUAUUUAAUGUUGAUAUUUCUUCACUGCUGAUAACCCCGGUGUUGUUUUUGUCCCACUUUUGAGACUUCAACAUUAUCCAUGGUAUUAAUAUGUGGUCCAGUGGUUCCUGAACCACAAGGUUCAGCAGCAAUGUGAUUAUCUCCAUCAUGUGAUCUACAGCCGGGUAUGAAAGAGCGCCUUUUAUAGGAGCUGGAAGCAGUUUCUCAGAGGUUCGCAUGCAGAUACACCAGAUGCUCCUCAGCUCGAGAGAUUAUUCAUGGAUCAUCCUACCUCAGGUCAACCCAGCCACACCUCGAGCUUUCAGUGGCUUUCUUUUGCUUACCAGGGCCUGACAGAAAUCCCCUAUGAAACCAUCCUAACACAGACAGACUCACUGGAGGUGCUGGACCUGAGUUACAAUGUGCUGGAUGAGAACCCGGCUCUGUUGGAUCAGCUGGAGAAGCUCAGCACUCUGAUCCUGGACUGCAACAACUACACGUCUCACAUCAAGUUCCCCUACAUGCUGAGCGUCACCACCGUGUGCAUCAACAAGAACAAGAUCAACAACCUGCCGGUGUUUGUGGAAGAAAUCAGGCGAAAGUUCCCCAACAUAAAGAUCCUCAGUAUGAUGAACAACGAGGCAGCACCUAGCUAUUUCAAUGGAGGAAGUCUGACCCAGUAUGAAGACUACAGACAGUAUGUCAUCAGUCAGAUCCCGGGCCUGGAGAUUCUGGAUGACACUGAGGUCCUGGAGAAGGAGAGAGUCCAGGCUAAAAAGACCUACCGGCUGCAGCAGAGCAGCCACAGCAGCAGGAAGUGGAGGGAGGACUCGUCAAGGAGACACACACACAUGCAGAAGAAGACAAAUGCUGUCAUCAGCCAAUAGGAUCUACUACGUUAUUAAACCCUUCCCUUAAAACCACACUUUUAAUGUUACUCUGUCAACAUUAUGAUACACAUUCUGUAUCUGCUUGUUUCAACAUAUGUUUGUGUUCCACUGUUAUUACUAUAGCUGCACUAUCAAAUUAAAAAAAUGAAAUAUUCUA